GAAAAAGUCACAAUUCACCCACAUUGCAGAUAUACUUCUGAGCUUCUUUGAACAAUGUAGUUGGAUUAAUUACAGUCAAGCUGCUCCUAUAAUCGCGUCAGCGUCCUUUAUGGUUGUGAAAGCAGUUGUCAUGAGUUGUAGCAAAUAACGUUAGUUUUUAAAUGGAAGUCAUGUGCUUUAUUUACCAAAAAUGAAAAUAUACAACGUGGCUACGUUUGUUAUGACAUGAAAUUGCGACAUUCACGUGCGAACUGGCCAAACUAGCGGUUAGCUUAUUUUGUUUUGUUUGUUUUGUUUCUGGUUCCUUUGAAAUGAUGCGGUUUUGACAGGCAUGUUCGCACAAAAUCAACGUUGUACCUACGUUGCUUAACGGUAUUUAUAUCAUUGCUAAAAGGUGUUAGCAAGGAUACAACAGAGACGAACAGUCCACAUAGCUACGCUUGAGAUAAUGAAUUAGCCAUUUAGGCUAACGUUAGCUGCGUGGAGUUGCUCUAAUAAUAUCUGCUACGUAACGCACGUCUGGCUAAGUUUUCAAAGCUAACAUUGGUGGAUUUAGAUGUCAGCCUAAAUAGCCAUUUUCAUGUAUCAUCCUGUCUGUGUGAAGAAUGGAUGCUACCCAGAUGAUCAGUGACUCAAUCUUGGAGUCGGAUGAGGAAGAAAAUGAAGAGGAGAAUAAAGAUGAGAGGGGCCAACCACUUGCUAAACUGUGCAUCCUAAAAAAUGAACAUAUCCCCGCAGCAGAGUUGCCCCUGUUUUUGGGAGAUAAUGUAAUUGGUCGUGACCCCAACACCUGCACCCUGCCCUUACCAGCACCCUCCGUAUCCAAGCGGCACGCCACCAUCUGCAUCUCUGUGUACAGGAGAAGAGGAUCUCGCAGUGAAGUGGAUAUGGAGGCUUUGGUUUGGGACCUAGGGAGCAUGAAUGGGACCUGCAAGGGCCGCUUAAAACUGACUCCUAAUGUACGCUACGCCCUCGGUGAAGGUGACAGUUUGCUGGUGGCAGACAUCCCAUGUCAGUAUGUCAGCUGUGCUGUAGACACAGUGCCUUCUCAAGGGGACAUGAGGGGUCCUGUGAGCAGAAAUUCAGGGGUAAAAGCCAGGUUGCGAGAUGCCUUGAGAGAAAAGGGGGGCGAAACAAGCACAGGCAGUAAGAAAUGUGUCAACGGUGGUACGAAGCCAUCAUUACUUGAUUUAGGUGACACAAGGAAAACUCCUGCCAGAACCACUUGCCUGUCCUUUGAACAAACUCCAACCCAGCCCCAGGGGAGCCUGGUCCCAGAAUCUGACUCGGAUUCGGAUGGAGAAAGAGGGGGGCGAGAUUAUGGAAGGCGCAAGCCUCUAGUGUCGGAUUGUGACUCCCAUAAAUCCAGUCCCAUCUGUUCUACAUUCUUGAGUCCCACAAACAAAAUUGUCCCUGAAAGCGAGGAUGAAAGUCCUAUCACACCAUCCUCCUCCACUAAAAAUAGGCCGUACAGACAUGUCAGCAUCAGCAAGGAGGAGUCAGACAUAGAUGUUGGGCGACAGCAGCUGAAGAAAAAAGAGACGCUUGCCAUUGUGGACAGCAAAGAGGAGGAAGGGAGGGAGGAAGAAAGAGCAGCACCAGGAGGGACGACGCUUGAGGAGAGUGGACAAGAUGUGCCAGUGAAGCAGGAAAGCAAUGUCAGUACUACAAGAGACGAGGAAUUGCCUGUGUCCACAAGAGCAGUCUCCACUGAUGUGAUCCCUGCAUUUAACAUGGACAGUGACACUGAUGUGGAGGGAGAGGAGGAAAGUGUGGCUUCUGCGGCUCCUGUGACCUUGAAUGCAAACCAAAAAGCAGAUCAACCACCAAACACAGCCCAGUUUCACAUGGACAGUGAUACAGAUGUUGAUGAAGAUACCUUUGAUAAAGGUCCAAAAUCUGUGUCUCUCUCUGAUGACAAUACCAAACCUCCUCAUGCUAUCCCAGUUAUUCAGCCUGAGGGCAUCACUAUGGACAGUGACACUGAUGUGGAUGAUGACGCUGAUAUGUCAGAUGGUGCUGCAAAAGCAAAACCCAGUGCACACACAGCUGAUUCUGCUCCUUUGACGCAGCCAAAGGAUUUCCACCUAGACAGUGACACAGAUGUUGAUGAGGAAGAAGAAAAUCAAUGUAGAACAAAUAACACACGCUCUAAAAUAGAUGAAGCACCCACUAGCAUAGAUUUAAAGCCCACAGGGUCUGAAUCUGCCUUUACUGCUCCUCACAGCCUGCAACUAGACAGUGACACAGACGAUGAGGUGAUCCCUGCCCCUGCUAUGAAUGAAUCCCCGGUGGUGUCUGCUGUUACAGAUUCAUGCACCACUGCAGAUGCAGGAGCAAAUGACAGUGAUACAGAUGCAGAAGAUGAUUCUCCGCUGGUUAUACCCAUUACCGUCGCAACCUUGUCGGUCACUCCUGGUAUCACGUUAGCAGCAGCUCAGUCAGAUUCUGAUGCAGACACAGAUGUGGAUGAGUCCAGCGUGCCCCCUGCUGGGGAUGGGGACAAUCCAGCUGACCCCAGACUGGAUGGUGAUACAGAUGUGGAGGAUAAGGAGGCGGACCAGGGAGAGGCAGGAGAGCACCAGAUACCUAACCUAAGUAGAGAAAACACUUCUGGAUUGCCGGUUCCUCUACUGCAAAACUGCUCUACUCCCAAGCAAUUUUCAGAAGUGGAAGAGAUGGAGACUCAGGCCUUCCUUAGUCCCUCUUUAGGUACAUCUAGACGUGCAGCGGCUCCUGCUGUAAGACCUGUAGUUUUGCCUUCCUGCUCAGACAGUCUAGAGGAUGAGGACUUUGUUGUUGCUGAGACACAGUCCUUUAUUCUUCAGACCCGUAAUGACCACGCCAUGGACCCCACCCAAGCCUUUGGCCUUGAGUCUUCUGGUGACGAAAGAGAUGGACAGUCUAGCAGAGGAGGGUCUUUCCAGCUGGGAUUGUCUGACAGCAGCCAUCUGCAGUGUCAGGCCCAAGCUCUGGCCAUGGAGAGCACUCAAGCGUUUGUCUCUGUGGGUGGGGGUGUGAAGCUGGACGAUACCCAAGCAUAUGCAGCCAUCUCAACCACAGACAGAUCAGUGGGGAAUGAUCCAAACCUGGAGGCCACCCAGGCCUAUGGAGGGAAUGAGGAGCCUGCCAGAAGUCCAGUGACAUUUGAGAAGGAAGGUCAGGUAGAUUUAGCUCUAGAAGCAACACAGGCAUACAUUUCAGAGCCCUGCAAUGAUUCAGAGGAUAAAACAGAUGAAGAUGAGAGAAAAAGCCUUAUUGCUGCUGAGACUCAACCGUCGGACUUUCCCACCUCAUCUGCUCUUGUCAUGGCUGAAACCCAACCAGUGUGUGCAUAUAGUGAUGAGGAGAGUUUGGCAACAGAGAGUCACAUUUCCUCUAAAACAGAAGCGAUGGAAGAACACGGGAAGGCAGCUCAACCCGAGGAGAGGUCCGUCAGUGGAGCUCUGUCAAUACCUGAAACUCAGCCCUUGUGUACAAGCGAAGAUGAGGACUUGAUUCCACGUCCACGGAAAAGAAAAGCAAAGCAGCUGGAAGAGACGCAAUCCAUCACUAGUACUGACUAUGCUGCUGUUGAAACCCAGCCCAUGCAUUUAGGUGUGGAUGAAACUCAGCCUGUGGCCACAAGUGGAAAUGAGGAAAGCGAUGAUGAGGACUCUAUUCCGUUUCCACGGAAAAGAAAAGCAAAGCAACUGCGACUUGAAGAAGAAGAGACUCAGACGCUUGUAAAUUCUAUGCUCUCUGCUGCUGAAACUCAGCCCAUGGAUACAUGUGAAGAUAAUGAAAGUGAUGAUGAGGACUCAAUUCCAGGUCCACGAAAAAAAAGAAAAGCAAAGCCACUGCAGCUUGAAGACGAGCAAACACAGCCCCUCAUCAGUUCUGUUGUUCCUGCUGAUGAAACCGACGAUGAGGAGUCAAUUGGAGGUCAACGGAAAAGAAAAGCAAAGCCACUGCAACUUGAGGAUGAGGAGACGCAGUCGCUCACAAAUUCUGAGGCCUCUACUGUUGAAUCUCAGCCAAUGAGAACAAAUACUGGCCCACAGCCUCAGAGAGGAAAGGGGAGACCAUCUGAAGCUGGAACCAGUGGCAUUGGCGUUACAAUUAAAAGAGGGACAAGGGCAAGAUUAAAAGAAGAGGAGAAGCAGGCAGAGAGUUCUGAACCUCCCAGGAGACAGACAAGAGGGAAUAAAGCUUUUCCAACUACCAGAGUAAGGAGGCAAAAAUCCAGGCCUGAUGAGAGAGAGGAAGAGGAGGAGUUAGAGCAGGUUAAGCGGGCUAGAGGGAAAAAAUCCAUGAGGCAACAGAACGAUGAAGAAGAAGAAACACUUGAAAGAAACAAGCAACAACAACAAGAAGGGAUGUUGGGAGAGGAGAAAGAUGUUACAGAGCUCAGACAACAAGAGAGUGAAGAAAUGGAGAGGGAAAGGAGGAAGAUUGAUGAACAAGUAAGACUGGACAUGGAGAAAAGAGAACUAGAGGAAACAGAGAGGCAGCAGAGGGCAGAACAGGAGAGAAUAGAAAGGGAAAGAAAAGACAAGGAAGAGCAAGAAAGAUUACAAGCUGAAAAGGCAGAAAGGUUAAGACUUGAGCAGGAGAGAGCAGAAAAGGAGAGAAUAGAGCGGGAAAGAUGGGAAGAAGAAGAAAAGGAAAGAGCUGAUAGGAUACAGAGGGAAAAAGAAGAAUUAGAAAGAAAAGAGAGAUUAGAGUGUGAAAAAGCAGAGCGAGAAGAAAAGGAGAGAUUAGAGAAUGAGAGAAUACAAAGGGAGAAAAAGGAACAAGAAGAAAAAGAAAGAUUGGAAAUGGCAAAGAGGGCAGCAGAAGAACAAGAGAGACUUGAGAGGGAGAGGAAAGAACAAGAACACCAAGCAAGGCUGGAGAUGGAAGAAAAGGAAAGAGAAGAAAAAGAAAAACUGGAGAGAGAAAAACAAGAAAAAGAAGCAAAAGAAAAACAAAGAAAAGAUCUACAAGAAAACAAAGAAGACUUAAAAACGGCCAACGAUGAUGACCCAGCAAGGAGAACCAGAGCUCGCUCCAACUCUUCCAACUCUGUCAACUCAGAGAGGUCCACUUCAAGCAUCAACACCCAAGGGAGUAGAGGGAGAGGCCGAGGAAGAGGAGCAAAGAGGACCAGUGAGCCACUUCAGGCAACCAUCAACAGAGGCAACAACAGGAGGAGGACAAUGGCUGCAGAGCCGUCUGACCAGAGUCAAACAACAGACCAGGACAGUAAUGAUAUUUCUCCUCCAGGAAUCGUGUCAAGGUCCAACUCCUCCAACUCCCCUAACUCUGAGAUUUCCAUCUGCAGCACCAGCUCUCAGAACAGAGGAAGAGGAAGCAGGCAGCGAGGAAGAGGGAGGAAAACACAGCCCAACUCCACUUCUCCUAUCAGUAGUCAGAGUGAUCAGAAUUCAGCUCCCAAACCCACAGCCACAGGCAGGAAGAGCAGGAAAGCAGAGUUAUCCUCUAGUGAGGUUUCUCAUGAAGAUGAUGAAGAGAAGGCAGACUCUCAGCAGGCUAGUACCACUAGGGGGCAGAGGAGAGCCACUGUAAAUGGCCCUGAAGCUGCAAAUAAGGAAGGCCAGUCAAGUCAGGAGGAAGGAUGUGCCAGUGAACACUCACCUCUGGCUAAAAGGAAUGUCAGGGGCAGAGGCCGAAAAGCAUUAAAAAGUGAAAAUGUAGAUGCACCAGUCGCUCCUGCAGUCAGUGAUGGAGAUGAGGCUAAAGACAAAAGAAAAGGUAGAAAGAAAGAGUUGGAGGCAAAUGCAGAGGGUGCCCAAACAGCAGAGGCAGCAGGGGAAGAAGCAAAAGAUAAUACCAUCCAAGCUAAGAGGAGAAGUAGAGCAUCAGGUGUCCAGGGGAGUAAGAACGCUCCCCCUGAUGUGGAGGUGACAGACGAGAGUGAGAAAAUGGAGGAAGAGACUGUUGAGAGGAGAGCCAGAGGUCGGCCAUCAGUGGUCCGGAAAAAAAAGAAAGAGUUGCAAGAAGAAAGUGGGACAUGUGUCAGUUCCAUUAGCCAGGAUGCUAAUACGACAUCAGAGCAGCCUCAGACUCCAACCAGCAGUGUAUCCCGGAAACGACAGGCUCAUGCAGACUCCUCUCCUGUGGCAAAGACCCCUCGCUCUUCCUCUGCUUCCCCAGCAGCUGGUGGUCGACUACGAGCUGCCAGCCAGACCUACAAGGUGCUGUUCACAGGAGUGGUGGAUGAAGCAGGGGAGAAAGUGCUGGCUCGUUUAGGAGGCAGCAUGGCUAAAGGCGUGGCGGACAUGAACUGUCUGGUGACUGAUAAGGUGCGCAGGACUGUGAAGUUCCUGUGCGCAGUGGCUAAAGGGGUCCCCAUUGUCACCACACACUGGCUGGAAAAGAGUGGUAAAGCUGGGAGCUUCCUGUCUCCUAAUGCUUUUGUUGUGAAUGAUCCAGAACAAGAAAAAAAGUUCAAUUUCUGCCUGCAGGAGUCUCUGAGGGUUGCCAGCAGUCAGCCUCUCUUACAGGGAUAUGAGAUCCAUGUUACAAAGUCAGUGAAGCCAGAGCCAGUUCAAAUGAAGGACAUCAUUUCAUGCAGUGGAGCUACAUUUCUUCCCAAGAUGCCUUCUUCCCACAAGCCUCAUACUGUAGUGAUUUCCUGCGAGGAGGACUGGUCACUCUGCGGCCCAGCUGUCUCUGCGUCUCUCCCAGUCGUCACUGCGGAGUUCAUUCUCACAGGGAUCCUCCAGCAGAUGCUUGACUUUCAGACCCAUAAGCUCUCUGCCCCUGCAGCGAAGCUGCCACCUGCAGGAGGCAGAGGGAGGGGCAGGAAGAAGACAUAGCAUCAACAGGGCAUCUUUUUGAUGGCAAUUGUGCGUCGCCGUCUAUGUGUGUGAAAUCUGCGCUUGCGGGGGUUUGUCCAUCGCUGGUAGAUUCCCUUACAAAUCAGAGACCGGUAGAAACACUAGUGAUUCAGUUGUUCGUCUGAUUGAAGGACUUGAGAAUGUAUUUGCCAUAUGUAGCAAAAAUGUUGAAUGUUUACUCACAUUUUGUACAUUUUGGAUGUAUGUUUCAGUGCUGGAAACAUGCGUGUCAUUUUACAGUGUUGGUGUCAAAUGUAAAAAACUAAUUUAACAUGCACAGCAGCCUGAUUUUCAAGAGACUGAUGUGAGAAACAAAAUUUAGGGAUAAAGGGAUACAUUUUGGAUAGAUGGUAAAAAAAAUUGUCUCCCGCCUUGACAAAUCCACUCUCAAUCUUUUCUUUCUGUCUGUUCUGUUGUCAAGCAAAUUUAGUUUUUUAAGUUACUAAAGCUACAAAGAUUGUUAAUGCCGUGCAGAGUGAGGAAUAAUUACCCAUUAACCAUCCUCGUCACUUCUUCCCCUGGUCCUCCCCUGUGCUCCACCCCUCACUCUGCACAACAAUAACAAGCAGAGCAGGAAUUAACAUUGGUAAAUUGCUGCUACUCUCUCUACGCUAUGGUAAGUGCUUUGAUGCAAUCAGCCAUUUUGGCAGGUGACCAGCCAUGAAGUGAGAGUUGUAUAAAUCACGUGUAAAACUGUAAACAGUAGGAACGAUGGGUCUGUUUAGAAAUCCAUAAGCUUCUAUGGCGAGUAGAUGAAAAAGCUUCUUUCCUGUCCCGAUAAGAAGAGCGUAGUGCCUUUUUAUACUGAGGAAAUCAUGAACUUACCAGUGUGUCUGUUACCGUCUCCAUUAACCACCACCACCACCUACUCCAUUAAGGCUUCAUCCAAUCCCAUUACCUCCAGGGACAAGACACGAUAUAUGCACCUGAAUGCUGAUGCUGCUUCUACAUCAAUAUCUUAUGGUGUUUGUCCUUGCCGUUCAUUUGUCUCUCUGCUCACUUUUUUUUUUUUUUUUUGCAAAAAUCUUCACUUCCACAGUCAAUGUGGUUAUCUUAAAAAAGACCAAGGUACAGAAGUCACAUUUUGUCUCUUUCUUGACCCAAUGUAAGUCCUUGUAACUAAAUAAGAUUUUUAGAAUUGUUAAAUAUCUAAUAAUGUAACACCAAAACUGUAUGUGUACCAAAUCAUGACAUUUGUCUGUAUUAGCAAUGAAAACAUAAAAUCUUUUUCUAUUACCUUUAA